AUGCCGGGGCUGCUGCCCGAUUCUCCUCACGAGUUCCGUUUUUACCCUCUCGUCCGAAUCAGCCGAGACUGCCGCUUUCAGAAGCUUCAAAAGAAAGCUACACGAGACGCAACCUUUUUCAGAAGGCAAAAGCCACACCACAGUCUCCAAAAUCGAACGGAAUUUCGGGAGAUCGUCUUGCAAAACCACAUUCUUGCCCGAGCCCGGAAGCUUCCGGUACGCGUAUGCUUUCAGGGCUUCCCCAAUCACCUCACUCGGCACAAACCCUUUGUUUUUUAUAUUCACGAUUACCCGUUUGUACAAAUCGAUCUCGAGCUCACUCAAAUCCUCGGCCCACCAAUCGAGCGGCACGGCCCGAAUCAUCUUCAGCCCGUUUGCACCAUUCUCCUCGGCCAUUUUUUUACGAUUGUAAUCGACUUUCGAGACUUCGGUCGACGCCUUGCUGGCAAUGGCAUCUACACAGUGGCUGAUGAUUUUGAGCUCUUCGGAAAAUGGGACGAGGGUUUUUGCCGAUUGGAGUACGAUUAUCGAGUCCUUCCAACUCCGAAAGAUGCUCGAGCUCAAAAAGACGUCGACUUUGUAAAUGAGGUUACCUUUAUCGACUGUUUCGUGCAUUUCGAGGUAUUCAGCCGCGCAUCGAGUAGGGACCACAUUGUAGGCAUUGAGAGUGACUGUCAUGCCGUAGCAGAAUUUGGCGCACGUCUCGAAGGCUGUGGGCCCACCAGGGAUGUCGUGGAGGGCAAUUUCGUCUUCGGUCGAUGGGGAGACGAGCUUCUGCAAGAGGGCACUUUUCGAGAGGAGUGGAAACUGCAAAGAAAAGAAGAAAAGGAAGAGAAAGGGAUUUGUGGGAGUAAAACACUGAGCAACAAAUCAACAAGUGCUGGUAGGAAUGAAAUCAAACAAAAUAGCAAGUUCUCAAUGAGCUACAAUAGACAGGGGAAGUACUGA